CCCCUCUCUCCCGCCAGCUCUUCCGCCUCCUUCGUCAGCGCCGCCAGCUCGCCACCCACGACGCGGUUGGCGAAGCGGUGGGCCGGCUGCCCGCGCGCCGCGCCCAGGCCCAGCGGCCUCCCGCCGCGGGGUCCCGCCUGCUGGAAGUCCGCCACGCUGUCCGUGUCGUGCGCCUCUUCGUAAACGUCCCGGUGUGGCGUCACGAUUGGCGCCUGCCACCGUUGCCAGCACCAAAGCCUCUCAUGCCAGGGCUCCCUUUCCACGCCGUAGUCGACGAAGAUCGUGUCCCCGGCCUGCAGUUUGAGCGCCCCGCGAACGAACCUCCGCUUUUUGGUGACAAGAUCCUGCACCAGAGGCGAAGAGCCCUUGCCAGCCUUCUCGUAGUAGAAAGCCCACACCAGUACGCGCAGCAAAACCAAGCAGCCGCACACCGUCGCUUACACCGCCAGCACUGCAGCGGCCCCGAACAAGAAACUUAUCGCCGCCGCGAUCACCAGCGAGCCCAGCGGCACGGGCGCGCCCCAGAGGUGUCUCUGCGAGAGACAAGCGUUGGCAGUGGUGGAGAUGGCCAGCGCACGAGGAGAAACACUGGAAUCGAAGAGAUCUGAUGGCGAGGGAUCUGGAACGGUUUUCGGGAAGUGAGCGCCCCAGUCUGAACCUCCCAUUCUCCGCCACAAGAACAACCGCUUGAGCCGUGAUGUUGCGACCAGGCGAUGAC